AUGCAUAAAAAUAUAGCAGAACCAGAUAUAGUACAUCCAGUGGAUUCAGAUAAGAAUAAAGCAUUAAGAAAAGCUGACCAGUUAUCCAGCUACAGUGAAAUUACAGGAGGAAAGAAAGUUGAUACUAUAGAGGGUAGAAGAAUGGACUGCAAUUAUUGA